AUGGCUAAGCGACCGGCAGAGACACCACUGGAGAACAGUACGACAGACUCGCCUGCAUCGAAGAGAGCGUGCGUGCAGCAUGUCGCCGACGAGGACCUGCCACCACCUCCACCUCCACCUCCGCCUGCGCCCGCAUUGAGCAACGGCCGCGCCAAUGGGGAUAAUGGCGACCACAAUGCUGAGGAUGUGAGCGAGGAGGAAGGCGAUGAUGACGGCGCGGACGAUGCGCCCUCAAGACAAAAUGCGCCCGCGCUUGGCUACUCUGAUUUGUAUCUGGACACAAUUUCGAGGACCCGCCUAGACUUCGACUUCGAAAAGCUAUGCUCCAUAACCCUGUCAAACAUCAACGUGUACGCGUGUCUGGUAUGCGGCAAAUACUUCACAGGGCGUGGCGCAAAGACGCCAGCAUAUUUUCAUGCAUUGGAGGACGGUCAUCAUGUCUAUGUCAACAUGCAGACGAAGAAAGUCUACGUGCUGCCGGAAGGGUACGAGGUGAAGAACAAGAGCUUGGACGACAUCAAAUUCGUCGUCGAUCCAACAUUCACACCAGAAGAGGUCAAGACGCUCGACAAAGAGCCAAAACCACAAUGGGAUUUGUUGGGAAGAAAAUACAUCCCAGGCUUCGUCGGCCUGAACAACAUCAAAGCAAACGACUACCUCAAUGUAGUCGUCCAAGCAUUAUCGCACGUGGUCCCGCUACGCAACUUCCUCAUGCUCGAAGACCUUUCCUUGAAAUCUGAACUCAUAAAACGCUUCAGCAUCAUGGUUCGCAAAAUCUGGAAUCCCAAAGCCUUCAAAUCACACGUCUCACCCCACGAACUCAUCCAAGAAGUCUCCCUCCGCUCCGGCAAAAAAUUCCUCCUCACACAACAAGCAGAUCCAAUCGACUUCCUAAGCUGGUUCCUCAACAACCUCCACCUGGCUUUGGGAGGAAGCAAAACCAAACCCAAAAGCUCCCUGAUCCAAAAAAUCUUCCAAGGCUCCCUACGCGUCGAAUCCCAAGAAAUCACCGCCCGAGCCGACGCAGGUGACCGUCUACGUUUCGAAGACACAGCAAUAAAAUCCCAACAAUCUCCUUUCAUGAUCCUCACCCUCGACCUCCCACCCGCCCCGCUCUUCCAAGACGAUGUGGAAAAGAACAUCAUCCCUCAAGUCUCCCUCACCACCGUCCUACAAAAGUACAACGGCAUCACAGCACAAGAACGCAUGAAUACCCGAAUGCGAUACCGACUCCUUCAUCCUCUCCCACCAUUCCUCAUCAUGCAUGUAAAACGUUUCCAACCGAAUAAAUUCCUCGGCUCACAACGGAACCCAACGAUCGUGACUUUCAACCCGAGAACACUAGACGUAUCGCCUUACGUGGAACCCGACCCCAAAAUCCAUCCGAUCGGCGAACCUAUCGUCUACGAAUUAGUCGCGAACAUCACGUACGAAGGCGUCAAAGUUCGAGACGAUUCGGUAGAAGGUGAAGCGGAGAGGAAAGUCUGGAAAGUGCAAGUCAAGGAAGGGAGUGAUAGUAAUCAAUGGUGGGAAAUGCAGGAUUUGUUCGUGGAGAAGGUGAACGCGGAUCUUCUUGCGACGAAAGAGAGUUAUAUCAUGAUUUGGAAGAGGCAGAAUAAGAGUAAGGCGAAGUCAUGA